AUGGCGCCCAAGUCAUGGGUUGUGUGUACAAAGCCUGAGGGUAAGGUUAUGAGUAACAAGACGUCUGUCAAAGCCGAUAAUCAAGCUCGAGUUUGUGGGCAUCGAUUAACACUAGCCACUCUCAGACGCGAUAUCACCCUCCUCGUUCUUCUCCUCCGUCACCGCAUCACCCCUCCGGUACCAUACAUCAUUAUUACCGAGAUUAUCCUUAGCAUGUCGCCCGAUACUUACCAGGAUUUGUGCCGUAAGAACUGCAGAUUGGAGAAUCUGACAGAGGAACAACAAUAUCAUUGGUUCGCUUGGUGGUGUAAAGAAAUGGAGAGGAAAGAAAUAAUGAAGGGUGGUGGGAGAUGGGUAGCUGCUGUUAAUUGGGAGAAUGAAAGAAUUAAAGAGAUUUGUGGUUGUCUUCGAGACCAACUACAAGGUCGGGGACCAGUGUUCGAACUUGUAGACCAAGAAGGUGUCAACAGAUUGAAAUUACAAGUUGGGCAAAAAAAGCAACUCAUAAAGCAGAAUAAGAUCUUGAAGGAGAGAGAAGAGUUCAUAAGAGCGCAGGAAGAUCAGAGCACCUUACAAGCGGACUGGUAUCUCAAGAAUGAUUGGAGAUACGGUAGCGUCCCUGACCUUACCCUCCUCACCCCCAAGUCUGUAAUUGGGCAAGGAUAUCCGUUGGAUGACUUUCUUAGGCCUUUUGACGACGAUUUACGAAGUUGGAAUUCUACUUUCGAAACGGCCAGUACAAUCUCAGCCCCUCUACUCAUUCUUCUUCCGCUAGCCUGA